UUCUUUGGUUCUGAGUGAGUUUUCCAGCAAUCUGUGAAUCUCAUUGGUUUCUUCUCCAGACAAGACACAGUCCACAAGCCUUCCAUGGCUCUCUACGCCGUAGAAUUCAAUUCAGAAAUUGAAGUCCAGAAGUGAUAUAAUCAUCCAUUGUAAAGUGGCCACAACUAUAGAGCGUUCUCUUUCAUCAUCAGAAGAGGAGAAGAAGAGUGAACAAUGAAUCUGCUGCCAAGCGGAGGCGGCGGAGGGGCUUCUCUGUCCUCUUCUGACCGGUGCGCUUUGAAAUUCGCCCACCCAAUUCCUCCCCUCUUCUCUAACCGCCGCCCCGGGCGUUCCAAUUGCAACCCGACUCAAAGCCCGCAAACUCCGCCCAAGCUCCCCAGUCUUGCUGCCGCUAACCCGGGAGCUACCCGGCCCUCUGCCGCCACCGUCACACCGCCCAGUUCAACUCUAGACACUCACGUCAAUGCCGCCGGUGAUGAUGUAAUCUCUUUGAUCACCCAAGAUAAGGUUCCUCCUGAAGGUGUAUUCCAAUUCCAGAAGCCCAAUUCUUCUUUUCGCAUUGACAAAUGGAGUAAAGUGGCAUUGUUAGCUGGAGGGGAUGUAGUGGCUUUGCUGUUGUUCUCAGCAAUUGGAAGGUUCACUCAGGGAUUGCCGGUCUUCCACUCAGAGACAUUGCGAACAGCUGACCCUUUUACUGCUGGCUGGUUUUUUAGUGCAUAUUUUCUUGGGGGAUAUGCAGAGGAUGGUCUAGGAAUGAAUGGUCUGUUCAAGGGGUUUAUUGCUGCAACAAAGACUUGGUCUUUAGGUAUCCCAUUGGGUUUAAUUAUUAGGGCAACAACAGACGGUCACAUACCGUCAGCCAACAUUAUCACAGCUACAAUGAGGAGCACUGCUGUAUUGCUUAUUGGAUGGAGAACACUAUUGCUGAGUUCUUUACCAGAUGGGAGGCGAUGAAAAUGAUGUUAAUAAGCAUUGUAACCCAUUGCACUUUCUGAGGUUUUGACAUCACUUGUGGGAGGAUGAUAAUUGUUGCAACACAAGUGAGCUUUACUAUACAUACUAUUAGAAGGCAAUUUUCAAGAUGCAAGAGAAAUUGGCAUUUCUUAAUAUCUAUGCAACAUUUUGAUGGAAUUUCCCAAAUGCUUCAGCCAUAAUUCCUCCCGGCAAUCAGUAUAAGAUCGAUGUGCCUGAUUACUCAGACGGUUUGCCUGCUAAAUGUGGGAAGGAAGAAUCACCAACCCACAAUAACUCUUUUUGCUCUAUACAUAUCAAAGUCUUCAGAAAUAGACUUCAAUAAAAUGACCUUAGAUUACUUGAGAACUUCUAGUCACAUAUAUCAGAAUUUCAGUGUCCAAAAACUGAUAUAUCAGAAUAAUAUAUAUAUAGUUUUCUUGGGCACACUUUAACUGAUGAUACAAAUCAUUUCUUGAGCAUCCUAUUAGCUGAAUUUUGUA